UGGAGGACACGUCCAACACAAAAAGUAAAGCAGAUUGCCCAUUUUAUGCUAAAGCAGAACUUCUUGCAGACUAUCUGGAGAAAAAUUUGCCUAACUUCAGGAUACACAAGAUUACUCAACAGCCUGACAACUGGGAGAUAGGUCAUUUCAUGGGCUGCAAGACACAGAGAGGAGGAGGAGGAGGAGGAGGAGGAAAAAUCCCUGAAAGUCAUGAAUAUCUCUUUCUUGGACUCAAGUCGUUCUUUUGAAAUAAAUUGUGCGUGGCUACAAGAGGUCUGUGAAAAGAAUGGAUGGGAUCACAAACGUUCUCCAAUUAUUUGGAGAGAACUGUUGGAUCGUGGAGGAAAGGGCCUUCUUCUGGGAGGAUUCAAUGAAUUCAUGGAGCAUGCUCAGCACUACUAUGGUAUCACAUCAAAGAUGAGAACUGCAGAAAUGCUCCUAAUUGCUAAAGAAAACUUACAGACUCGCAUAGAUGUCGACAAAGAAGAGGAAGAACUUAAAAGCCUUAUCAAUCCCUUGCAUAUUUGGAUCAACAGUGCCUCUCUUAAUGUCUGCUAUCAUCUGAUACCUUUGCUGACCAAUGGGGAAAUAUUUGGCAUGGAAACUGAAGUCAGCAUUCAUUUGCUGGACAGAAGCAGCUGCCAAGAAAUUCUUCAGGGCGUUGUUAUGGAAGUUCAAGACUUGGCAUCUCCCUGCCUUCGUAGUGUCUCCUUGCACAGUGAACUGAAUGAGGCUUUUCUCGAGGCUGAUGUCAUCAUUUUAUUUGAUGACAUCCUUCAGGAGACUAUCCCAACACUUGAAGCGUGUAUCCGACAAGUGAACAGUCAGUGUGAAAUAUAUGGGCCUCUGAUAGAGAAGAAUGCCAAAAGCAGUGUCAGAAUUGUGGUGAUGGGGAAAACUUUUACCAACCUUAAGACUUUAAUGCUUGUGACACAUGCCCCAUCCAUUAACCCUCGAAAUAUUGUCAAUGUCGCCAUGCUCUUGGAAUGUGAAGCCAAGGCCAUGUUGUCAAGAAAACUGCAAAUGCAUCCAGCAGGAAUAAAAAAUCUGAUAGUGUGGGGUAAUGUCAGUGGGUGUAGCUUCAUUGAUUUGACUAAAACCGAGUUGUAUAGAUAUGACAGUGCCAUCUGGGGGCCACCAAGCUUCUUCCGUCCUUUGUUGGAUGUGCUCUUUGACCGUGAAUGGAUGCGCACUGAAUUUGUAGCUUCACUGAGCUCAUUGACUUCUUGGGGAACUCACUGUUUAGGCUUGGCGCCUGCACAUGCCACUGCUACUCUGCUGAGAUACUGGUACCAGGGCUCCCCACCAGGAGAGAUGGUUUCCCUGGGAGUAAUCACUGAAGGUCAGUUUGGACUUCCUGAAGGAAUUGUUUACUCCAUGCCUGUAAGAUUUGAGAAUGGUGACUGGAAGGUCAUUACAGAACUAAACAUAAAUGAGAAAACAUACGAAUAUCUUCAAAUUCUAGCCUGUGAUCUGAUUCGGGAAAAACAAGUUGCAUUAGGUGAAGUGGAAGAAUUGUAUCCACAGAGACGAGUGGUUCAUAAACCAUAUAUUGAUUCGGAUGAAGAAGAGGAGGAAGAAGAGGAGGAAGCUUCUGAAGUCCAGGGUGAUAUCAAAUAUUCAGCGAGUGGCCAAAAAAUCGCUUUAGAUGAAGAUCAAACUACUGCUGAAGAAACUGACGGAUCUAAGAGUCCAGAAGAAGGAAAUGAAGAAUUCAUGGAAGAAAAUUUUGAGGAAGCUGCAGAUGCUCCGGAUGACUUCUUAUAAGCAAAGGUCAAUUUGAGCAUCAGUGAAUAAAGUCUACAGUUCACCUCUGUUUACUUCCAUUGAACUGAGAGAAUUCUUCGAUAUAACAGCUUCUGUGACACAACAGACUAGAUUUGAUGCAGAAAAACACCAAAUUAGCUUUCUAUACAUCAUGAAAUGUGUAACUAUGUGAAAUCCUAAGCAUGUUUUUGUGUUUGUGUGUGUUUUGUACACUGAACAUUGUUUUGUACAUUGAACAUUCAUGAUAUGGUGAACUAGAUCCAUCUGAACUGUAGUAUUUGAGCUAAACCUACUAAGCUUCAUUUCAUUACACCAUCUGAAAAGUCAUUUUCCAGAUUGGAACAUGUGUAAAGAAUUUAAAACAUUUAAUCAUUAAAUUUUAGAAAGAAAAUUCAAAA